GUCCAUCAAAGAAAUAAUUAAUGGGUUUAUUAUGUAUGAAAGCGUCAUCCUGUCAGUUCAGUGACUGGUUUGAAUAGCUCAUAUCUGCUACUCAUUGAUGCCACGCGUGCUCACUGUCCUGAGAGAUGACAAAACACGACACCCUUUGGGAUUUUUUUUUGCCUCUGUUCUAAAGCAGCAUUUCACAUCUGUGUCUGACAGAAGCAUAAGGAGCUGCGAGAGGCAGACCUUCAUCAUCCUUCACAGAACAAUGCUGCAUGGGUUAAAAGUUAAGACCUGAUGUCUACUGAUCCUGCAUAUUUCCUACAAAAAUCUAAAAUGUGGAGGCUACCAAAAUGUGUAGGGAAAUAACUUUUGAGCGUUGGAAUAGCUACAGAAAACAGAUGGGAUUUACUGGAUACUAAAUCUUUAAAUGUUUUUUUUAAAUGGGUGCUGAACACUUGAGUUAACCGGGGUCAGUGCAUUUGCCUUUUUUUUUUCUUUUUUUUUCUUUUUUUUUUUUUCCUUUUUUUGUAGGUGGGGAGGGAUGGGGAAGAUGCAAAGUUCACAGGUUCUUUUCUGUUACCUGAUUAGGGCAGAACAAACAAAAAUGCUGAAUGUGGAAGAAAUCAGAUAUUGGAGAUACCUGGAAAUAAACUGGAAACAACCAAUACCACAAGAUGAAGCAGCACUGAACAACAAGAUGCUGUGGAAAAAGAAAUCACAAGACGAGAGUGCACAAUGCAUUUCAAAUAGAAAAAAGCUUCCUAUCUGCUAAGUGAGUCUCAGCAUAUUCUGACAGAGCACAGUUAAAGCUUCAAUCAAGUAUCUCCUAGAGCUGUCUCCAAAAGAAUAUUUUUGAGUACAGAAGGCAAUAUGCAACAGUGCUAAGAUCCUGAUGACAAUACACCAAGAACAAGAAUGGAAGUAAAUUUAUUCAGCAAUUCUACUGUUGUAAACAGUUCAUCCAUCAACCAUAAGCAGUUAGAAGGGCAUAGCCUCUGGGAAGUCAUUACUAUUGCCACUGUAACUGCAAUUGUAAGCUUAAUAACCAUAGUGGGAAAUAUUCUUGUAAUGAUAUCCUUCAAGGUUAACAGUCAGCUCAAAACUGUCAACAAUUAUUACUUGCUCAGCCUUGCCUGUGCAGAUCUCAUCAUUGGAAUAUUUUCUAUGAACCUUUAUACGUCCUAUAUACUCAUAGGCCAUUGGUCUCUUGGAAGCCUUGCCUGUGACCUGUGGCUAGCACUGGACUAUGUAGCUAGCAACGCCUCAGUAAUGAACCUCCUAGUCAUCAGUUUUGACAGGUAUUUUUCCAUCACAAGGCCUUUAACUUACAGGGCCAAACGCACGCCCAAAAGAGCUGGCAUCAUGAUUGGUCUGGCUUGGCUAAUUUCCUUCGUGUUGUGGGCACCCGUAAUCUUGUGCUGGCAGUAUUUUGUGGGUGAAAGAACAGUACCACCUGAAGAGUGCCAGAUACAAUUUUUAUAUGAGCCUAUUAUCACCUUUGGUACUGCAAUUGCUGCUUUUUACAUCCCAGUGUCCGUGAUGACCAUUCUGUAUUGCCGCAUCUAUAAAGAGACAGAGAAACGUACCAAGGACCUUGCUGAACUGCAGGGUUCAGAGUCUGUGGCAGAGUUUGAGAUGAUAAAGCCUCAGAAAGUUCUCCUGAAGUCUUGCUUCAGUUGCAGGCAACAAAACUUAGUCAAAAGAGAGAGGUGUCAGGCUUCCUGGUCUUCAUCUAGUCGAAGUACGUCAGCUACUGUGAAAGCCUCUCAGGCAGGGAGUACUUGUAAUGACUGGGCUAAGGCUGACCAGUUAACCACCUGCAGCAGCUACACAUCUUCAGAAGAGGAGGAUAAACUUGCCACUGAUUCAGUUUUCCAAGUAACUGACAAAAGUCCAUCUAAAGGUAAGGCAGAAGAGUUUAAUGAGAGUACGGAUGUUGUUGUCAAAGACCAACCUGAAGAAAAUGAUUUUGAGAACCAGAAAUACUUUUUGUCACCGGCCAAAGGCCAUGUACAAAAAAGUAAAAAAUGUGUGGCCUAUAAAUUCCGGUUGGUGGUUAAGGCUGAUGGCACCCAGGAAGCCAACAAUUGUUGCCGUAAAGUAAAAAUAACUCCUUGUUCUGCUGCUCUGUCAAAGGAUCCUUCCAUCAAAAGCAUGGAUCCAAAUAUAAAUAACCAAAUCACCAAAAGGAAACGGAUGGUUCUUAUAAAGGAACGCAAAGCAGCACAGACUUUAAGUGCCAUUCUUUUGGCUUUUAUCAUCACAUGGACUCCCUACAAUAUCAUGGUUUUGGUCUCCACAUUCUGCUCUGACUGCAUUCCCUUGACACUGUGGCACCUUGGAUAUUGGCUAUGCUAUGUGAACAGCACUGUUAACCCCAUUUGUUAUGCCCUCUGUAACAAAACUUUCAGGAAAACUUUUAAGAUGCUGCUUUUCUGCCAGUGGAAAAAGAAAAAAGUGGAAGAGAAACUAUACUGGCAGGGCAAUACCAGACUGCCAUAAUUGCUCUUAUGUAGGGGAUAAGGGGGAAAAUAGAUAUUGACGUAACCUGGUUAAUUGACUGUAAUUCUGUCUUUUCAAAGCUGUUGCUUUAUAUGUCUAGGGGUUAAAAAAAUUCUGCAGAAAAGUAAAAUUUUGCAUGAAAGUAGUGUGCUUGGGAUAAAGAAGUCAGUGGCUGCUGUGAGCAACACAGCGUGGUUUUGAUUAUGCAGUAGAUCUGCAUUAAAGUUAUUACGUUUAGGGUCUUCUGUCCUUUCUUUCAGCCUAAGAAUAUGUAGAGUAAAUUAUAAACCACUAGAAAUUAGAGUGGGAUGGCCAUCCAGUCAUCAGGUUAGAUCACUCAGUCUAUCUCCCUGUAGUGCAGAUCUGUUUCUUCCUAUAGUUCCUUUCUAGUGUACUGUCUAUUUAGUGUUCGGUGUACCAAGCAAUGGAGCUUGUACUACUUCUGUUUUGAGAAUUUUCCACCUGCUGUUGGAAUGAAACAAGGACUAUUUAAAGGGGGAAGUGCUGUCAUCCCCAAUACUAAACAGUUAGGGAGAUUCAUAAUACUCCAAAUGAACACACAUAUUAUAGGAGAAUGUAAUACUGAGAAAAUUUCCACUUUAAGGGUGACUUCUGUGGAGACAUAGGAAGGGCUCAUAGUGGAGGAAACAGGUAAUGUAUUUGUAUAUGAAGAAGCCUGUCCCAGUCUCAGUUCCAUCAUGCAAGUCACUGUCAUCUGUAAAAAAUAGUGAUGGUUAGCAGAUACCUCCAAACUUCUCCCUUUCCCAAUGCCUCUGAAGGAAAUUUUAAAAUUUUAUGUGAUAUUGACAAUAGUACAAAUCAGAACUGACUGUAAAGCAUAAUGGAUGUAGUCUAUCUACUUUGCAACACAAGGAAAGUCUUUUUUGCAGUCUCCUUUGUUGCGCUUCCCCUUGCCCCAGAAGUUUCCGUUACUGAUGAAAUGAUGCAGAAGAAGAGAAAAAUAUGUAUUGGUGCCCUGUGCAUUUACCUAUAUAUUAUGAGAUUAUUAUAAACAGUGACAGAAUCAGCAUCUCUGAAAGAAGAAAGAUUUUUUAAGUAAUUUUUGAAUAUUUCUAUAAAACUAUUAAGGACACUUUGCACUUUCAUAGCACUUUUAAUCUUUAAAUAGCUUUACAAAUACUAGUCAACAUGAGGUGUUUGGAAACAUAAGUUAUCUCCAGUCACUAUCUUUUGGUCCAGCAGAACCAUAUCUGCUACAGUACUGGGGGCUGGAAUCAACCCCUCUGACAGCUGUGGCUUCUGGGACUGGGCUGCACUGGCCUGGUCACAAUGAGCUGAGACUCUGGCCACUAGCUGAGGUUUGCUGGGGUUUUGGGGCUGUGGUGAGGACACUUCUGUGGCAGGGUUGAACUGCAUGUGCCUGUCUGAUGUCUGUGUUAGAUUGGCAGGAGUCCUGCAGCAUUGACCAAGUGCGUGCAUAAGCGAGGGGCUGCCUUCAGCAGAAGGCCAUUGGAACAGAGCUGGUGACCCAGCUCCUUGUGGUGGGAACAAACACGAAGCCUCAGAAAAGGCCACAAGUUAGUGGCAACAGAAGUCAUAAGGAAUGAAGUCCUAAAGUAAGAAAAUGUUUAUCAGUAAAUGGGAAAGAUCUCCAUGUCCACAAAGUUCAGAUUCAGUUCUAGUCUUUCUACCAAAAUUCAGGGUGAGAUGCUCUGGAAUAUUAGUUUGGGCCAAUCUUCAUAUUAUAUCUACUAUGCGCUUUAGUGGGACAUUGCAGUAGUGACAUGACCCAGUUGCACAUUUCAGGGAUUGUAUUAGUCAUCCUGAAUGUACCAUUGCUCUCAGUGAAAUUGUUCAUAUAAUUUAUUAAAUUAUCAUACCAUCAAAAUGUUUCCCUACAGAUAAAUAAGUCCUCCAUGUCAACAACCACAGCAGAAGUAAUUAAUAUUUUUUAUCCCCAAUCUCCAGAGGGGAAAAUUGUGUCAGUGAAAGAUUAGCAGUGUAGUAAUAUAAAAAUAUGUUCUCUAAAUUCACAUGAUUGAUUUUGUAACACACCAUACUGUGCCUAUUAUUUUUUGUGCAUUAGCAUAUGAUUGCUUAGUAAAGGAAAGUAUGGGUCUUUAUAAAGACCCUUUCAUCAACUUUCCUCUGUCACUAUCCAGAGCUUUUCCUGUGUACAGUAACUACGUACAAGUUGGUUAUUAUAGUGGGUUUAUUUUAUAUUACAUUGGAUCAGACAUUCAGUAAACUGUGUUUGAUUUUUAGCAAAUGAAUGUGUCCCUCUGUGGCACAAGCUGUAGUUAAAUGCAAAAUUUAUGAGGUAGUAACAUUUCCUGCUAGCUGCAGUGUUGUUGCUAAAGUAAAGCAUUGGCUUCUGCUGAAAUUAAAUGGGAUAUUUUUUGUCGGUUUUGGCUUCUGUUGAACAAGAGUGUUCUGUAAAUGUUUAUGGACUCUGUGCUCAGUAAAUGUAUUAGAAUACAUGGUGAUGAAUGCAACAAUGUUGGUUCAAUGUAAUUGUGAAAUAUGUGCUCAAACUAUGCUGCUAGCACUUCACCGUGUGACACGUUACAUGGUCAAAUAUGGGUACAUUGUAAAUACCUAGAACUAUAUAAAAAGGUGUGUGCUGCUUUAUUGUUAGGUAGGAUGUUUAUUCUCUAAAAAAUCAAAACCACAAAAAGAAAAACAUGAUCCUCAUCAGAGGAUUAGUUAGUACUUAAUUAUAUUUUCUUUUCAAAUUAUAUUUUGUACAUUUAAAAAGUGUUGUGGGACUUUCACAGUGUAGAACAAUCUUGUUAUCUGUAUUUCUGUCUUUUUAAUGAACCUUUUACCAAUGCUAUAAUCGAUUAUGGUCAUGGUCAUGGACUGGUGAAAAGAUCUUUUUUCGUAAAAUUACAUUUUAUUUAUACAUAAUUACAUACACAUACAUAUAUAUAGAUAUAUAGUGUAUGUAUAUCCCUAACUAAGCUUUUCAGAGACCCAGUACACUUUAAUAUUUUUUAAUUUUCCCACAGACAGGGAGUAUAAUUUUUGUCUCUCCCUUUUCAUACAUACCAGCCUCCCUGUACAUUCUGGAUCCCCAUAAAUUAUCAAGUAACAUUCAUUUCCUGUAAAUAUAAUUUGUUUGUAGAUAAACACUUGGAAGAGUUCCCAGGAUUUUUGAAUGGGUAUAGAACACCUAGCUAGUGUUGUGCACUUUCUGUGACUACUUAGCACAGAGUGAAGAGCUUGGCAAAAGACAGAAAGUAAAGAUAGAACAUAAAUGCAGGGGUUUCCUUUAUAGAAAAAAUCCUGUUGAAUUGAGGAAGGAUGAAAUCAAAAGGGUUAUAGAGGAAAUACUGUAAGAACCUGUAAAAUAUUUUGCCAUUAAUUAUAUAAUUCAAUUGCUAAUCAUGGUUAUCCUACUAAACUAUGCAUGUCAAUUAGUAACUGCUAUUAAUUGUUGAAAGUAAUUUUUAUAUGUGAAUUUUUGUUCCUCAUCUCUACUGUACCCAUGAGACCUGCACUGGAAUAUAUGGACUUGAUGAGUCUAGAUCCAGAGACAGUGAUGCACGUCAAACAAAAUCCUUAACUGUACUUCUUUAUCACCCUUUAGAUAUUGUUCCAGUUUUAGAGCUAAGUCUCAUGAAAAGUCGUCAUCUCUAAUUUAAUUAUUCUGAUCAUUUAUCUCCCACAUAGGGCUUUUCUCAGAAAUCUGUGACAUUGCCUCCUUGUCAUGUUUGAUAGAUGACCUGAACAUGUCAAACUAACUGAUAAAUCCUAAUGCAAAUGUAGCUAAGGAUAGUCACAUACCUGAAGGAAUAAAAAUGUUCACUAGGAUGUGGAAAGUAUGUUAAAUUUAAAUGAGAAGUCAUUACAACAAUUAAAGAAUCCCAUAUCAGUCUGGAA